AUGUCAUCAACACCCAAGAGCCUCUCAGUUCGACACACGGUACUUCAACAGAUACUAAGUCAAAUAUCUAUGGCUGAUAGAGCUCGACAAUCACCCAGCAAGACAUUUGAUCCUCAAGCAGAUGAGAGGGAUCAAGUCAAUGUACUUUUUUACUUUGCCAUAUAUCAACGGAUUUUAGAUGAAUACGACUUUAUCGAAGAUGAUAAGGAAACAGCUAUGAGUGCGAGAAGAGAUUAUGGAUUAGCUUUUGGAGGAAGAAAAUAUUCAAUCCCUAAAUGUUUCUGGGAGUCCGAAAAGUUCGACGAGACCGCCAAUCAGAUGGUACGAUACAUCAAUGAUUCAAAGGAUUUGAUGGAUAUAACAAUGGAAGACUUACUGGAUAGUACCAGCCAGUGUCAGCGGGAGGUGAAUGAUGUUAUAUCAAUUGAAGCUUCAAAUCAGAAUCUAAGAUCCUCUGCUGAAGGGUUUAAUGAUGUAUUCUCCGAAAUCGGAAGUCCUGAACUGGGAAGAGCCGAACAGAUCUUUCAUCUAGACGGAAAUGUACAAGAUGAGAGAGAUCAAGGUGUAAGUUCAGAAAUCUCCUCGAUGGCCUACCUGCACUAA